AUGGCGUCCACACAGAUCCCAGCGCAAGAGGUGCAUCCUUCCACUAGGCCCUCCGGGAUCGUGUUUCGUGGGCUUGUGCUCGUCCAACGGGCUCGUCUGUGGGAUGCUCGUGGAACACUCGGAAUCGACGACUUUGGCUGUGGGGAAUCCAAUCUGGAAGGCGCUUCCCAUCUUCUUGGCACGAGGGCCCCUUCUUCAGCAGGUCAAGCUCACUGGGAUCACCUCUACGGGGCUGACCUUUCUUCUACACCACUAGGCGGGAGAUACUCCCAACUUACGAUCCGCAUUCCAGAGCUUGGUCUCACGUGGACAACGCGCGACCAGCACUAUGUAACCAGCUUCUUCAACACAUUCGUCCCUUCAUCUACAAGGGGAAAUGCUACUGGGGAGCUGUGUGGACCUAAUUCUUUUACGGAUUGGGCAGUGAGACUUGUAGAGGACACCGUCUUCAUCUCGGCCUUCUCUGCGGUUGCAUACGACUUUGCUCUCUCAUGGAGGGUGAGGAUAUUGAGUGCAGAUAUGUGGCUCGUCGAUCAUGCAGAUGCUGGAGAUUUAGAAGUUGAAGCACUCUUGAAUUUUAGGAAAUCUGUACAUGAUCCUUUAUUGUCGCUGAAUAGCUGGAACAGAGGAACAGAUGUUUGCCAAUGGAAUGGUAUCAAUUGUUCCUCAGCACUGCCAGGCCAGAUUUCUAGCAUACAGCUCAACGAUCUCUCACUUUCAGGACCUCUUCCGAUUUUUACAAUCCAAGCCCUACCUCAGCUACGCAACUUUUCUGUUUCAGGGAACAACCUCACAGAAAUCAACAUAUCCUCUUCGCAGGAAUGCUCUCUGGAGGUUCUUGACUUGUCAAGGAACCAUUUCACUGGGGAUUUUCUCGACACUCUUACUCUUUCAUGCAAAGGCAUGAGGAUUUUGAACUUCUCACACAACAAGCUACAACACAUUUCAGUGAAAAGAUCAAUUGGGAAUUCAAUGGUUUCCGUCGAUCUAUCCUACAACGAAAUGAGUGGUUCAAUGCCUUCUUCUUUCUUCACAUCAUGCAAGAGCUUGCAGUUUCUAGACGUUUCGAGCAAUCAGCUGGUUGGAGAGAUCCCUGAAGAUAUGUUCAAAAACUGCAAAAGUCUACGACAUCUUAAUGUUUCAUCUAACUUCUUCACAACAUUUCGGAUUGAGCAUUGUACUAGUCUGCAGGAGUUGGACGUCUCGUUUAACAACAUUUCUGAAACAGUUUUUUGGAACGAUUGUGAUGCUUUGAAGGUGCUCAACCUGUCAGAUAAUCACUUCUCUGGACCAUUUCUCUCGGUAUUUGCCAAUCGAAGUUUACCUCAGGUUUUCAAGUCCCUGAAGGUUCUUCGAGCCGACCACAACAGUUUCACGGGUGAACUCCCUACAGUUCCUCAAACCCUCGAGGCUCUAGACUUGAGCUGCAACAUGUUCAUCAGUAGCAACACAAACAUCUGCCUCCUAAACUCCAGACUCGAGUCUUUGGUGUUGGUAUACAACAGAUUGCAUGGUCCGGUUUUGAGCUUUCACUGUGAUAACCUACAAAUGCUCGAUCUGAGUCUCAACUCCAUGACAGGAUCACUUCCAGAGGAUAUAUGCAGCAGACUUCCAAAGCUUCAACACCUCAUCCUUUGGGGCAACAAUCUCGAAGGCAGGAUACCACCUACAAUCGGCGACUGCAGUGAGUUGGUGACCCUGCAUCUCAGUCACAACAAUCUCUCCGGUGUUAUACCAGAGGAGAUAUCUCGCUUGAAGAAAAUGUACACGCUAGUUCUUAGCAACAACAUGCUAUCUGGAUCAAUCCCGGCAUCUGUGGUACAGAUACCAAGUCUUCGAGGUCUUCUACUUGGGCACAACAAGCUAGAGGGUGGUCUUCCAGUGGAGCUAAAAAACACCAGCAAUCUAAUCCAGCUUUCACUGAACGACAACCAGAUGGCGGGAGAAAUUCCAAGCUGGGUCGGCUGCUCAGUUAAAGAGACGCGGUAUAAUAAUGAUGUAACAUUCCCCUACUUGAUGGUGUUGCUGUUCAACAUAGAGCCAUCCAUCUGCAAAGGUUACAACGAGGCCAUGUUCAUACUCCAGGGGAUACGUUUCCAUGAGUUUGAGCAACUUCCCAUUGCAACCAGAUGCCAAACUUGGUUCUACCUAGCACCUCCGGGUUUCAACAUUUAUUUAACUCCAAAUCAUACUAGCCACUGGUGCAUCGAUAUCUCAUUCAACAGCUUCACAGGAACAAUCCCAACAGAAUUCCGUGCGACUCAGAAUUUGUAUUGGCUGAACCUUGCACACAACUUGCUCACAGGGGCUAUUCCUUCCACAAUGGGCAACCUCAAGAACAUUGAGUGGCUAGAUCUCUCACAAAACCAGCUCGAAUCACAGAUCCCGGGCUCGCUUGCCGACCUCACCUUUUUGAAGUACUUCAACAUCUCACACAACAGGCUUCUUGGACGGAUUCCACAGGCAGGGCAGCUUCCAGUUUUCCCAGCAAGCAGCUACGAAGGAAAUCCGGGGCUGUGUGGCAUCCCACUUGCAGAAUGUCAACGUGCUGCUCCUGAUGACCAUAAUUUGGAUAAUCAUUCUGGUGGGAAGGAUGAAGAUGGAAGGAUGCUGGCUGGCAUUGUUGCUGCUGUUGUUUCAUUUCUAGUGAUUGCUGAGUUAUUUGCUCCAGGCUUGGGUUUCCAGUGUCCAAAAGCCAUGUUCUGGUUUGAGGAUUCUAUUGUCGAUACAGAGAAUGUUCAAGCAGCAGCUCCAUUUAUUAGUGCCGCAGAGUAUAAGCCUUAUGGCAUGACUUUCUUCACGGAGGCUUUUGAGUAUGAUAGAUUCCUGGAUCCCAUUUUGCAAAGUAUUAACUUGAAUUAUGCCAAUGGGGUGAAUUUUACGGUCUCUGGAGCGACUGCUUUGAACACCACCCUCGAAGUCCCACUGUACCUUCUAGUUCAGAUUGACCAGUUUCUGAGGUUCAAGCAAGAUGCUUAUGACAGCAGGCAUGGUAAAGGUAAUGAUUCUUCUCAAACUUUGCAAAGGUAG